AAACAAACACUCUUUCUCUUUCUCUCCUUUUCUCUCUCAUUUUCUCGGGAAAAUUUUUCUUUACCACUUUCUUUCCUUAAAUUGACUGAGAAAAUUAAAUUCGUUCCUCCUACAUCGAAGCUUACCACACAAUGCUACUACAACUACUACUACUACCUUCGCUUUCCAAAUCUAUCUCCAAUUUCUAGGGUUUUAAAUCGAAUCCGUUCAGAUCAUGCACGGCCUUAGCCGUCUUGGUAACGGCUGCAGCAACAACGGUCGAGUCAAUCUCUCUUCACCGUCACCGCCAUCUUCUCCACGGAUUCGUCACAGCAGCAGAGUGAAAACUCUCGCCGGAGGAGGAGGUGUUUACAACAACAACAAGCAGCAGGGAUUAGGAGAGAAGCUUGUGUUUCUGCUCUUCUCUAUAGUUUUCAGGAGGAAAGGUGUCUUGUUGUUGGCGCCUCUGCUCUACAUCGCUGGGAUGUUGCUAUUUAUGGGAUCUUUUGGUUUCACUGUGCUCGAUCUAGGCCAUGGUGUUGAGAUUGUGUAUAGACGCGGUGGUCCUCCUGGUUCGGUGUAUAGGAGUCCUAAAGUUUUUAAACGGCUUUGGCCUGUGAUGGAGGCUGAUGUUAAUGGAACUAGUCACAAUGCGUUGAUGGCAGCAUGGAAGCCAAGAGUUAAAAGUGUAUGGAAACCUUGUAUUAGCACAAAUGUUUCUGCUGCAGUAUCAAAUUCUAAUGGUUACUUCAUAAUUGAAGCUAAUGGUGGAUUGAAUCAACAACGCUUGUCAAUAUGUGAUGCAGUUGCUGUGGCUGGACUGCUUAAUGCUACCCUUGUCAUCCCGAUUUUUCACUUGAACAGUGUAUGGCGUGAUUCCAGCAAAUUUGGUGAUAUAUUUGAUGAAGACUUCUUCAUAUAUGCUCUUAGUAAGAACGUGAAUGUUGUGAAGGAGCUCCCAAAAGAUGUGCUUGAGCGGUAUAACUACAAUAUAAGCAGCAUUGUUAAUUUGAGAUUGAAAGCUUGGUCUAGUCCAGCAUACUAUCUCCAGAAGGUGCUACCACAACUUUUGCGUUUAGGGGCUGUCCGUGUUGCACCAUUCUCCAACAGGUUAGCUCAUGCAGUUCCUGCAAACAUUCAAGGGCUCAGAUGCUUAGCAAAUUUUGAAGCAUUGAGAUUUGCAGAGCCCAUUCGGCUGCUUGCGGAGAAAAUGGUCAAUAGGAUGGUUACGAAGAGUGCUCAGAGCGGAGGAAAAUAUGUUUCUGUUCAUCUUCGUUUUGAAAUGGACAUGGUAGCCUUCUCGUGUUGCGAAUAUGAUUUUGGAGAAGCAGAGAAGCUAGAAAUGGACUUGGCCCGGGAAAGAGGGUGGAAAGGAAAGUUCAGGAGGAGAGGCAGAGUAAUUAGGCCUGGUGCAAACCGCAUAGAUGGAAAAUGCCCUUUAACCCCACUAGAGGUCGGAAUGAUGCUUAGGGGCAUGGGUUUUAACAAUAGCACCUUGGUUUAUGUUGCUGCGGGAAACAUUUACAAAGCUGACAAAUAUAUGGCUCCUCUUAGGCAGAUGUUUCCUCUUCUCCAAACGAAGGAUACUCUAGCUUCUCCAGAGGAGCUUGCUCCGUUCAAGGGCCACUCAUCAAGAUUAGCUGCACUUGAUUACACAGUAUGCCUCCACAGUGAAGUGUUUGUAUCCACACAAGGUGGAAACUUCCCACAUUUCUUGAUAGGUCAUCGUCGGUACCUUUACAAAGGCCACGCCGAGACAAUCAAACCUGAUAAGCGGAAACUAGUCCAGCUCUUAGAUAAACCGAACAUUAGAUGGGACUACUUCAAGAAACAAAUGCAAGAUAUGCUUAGACACAAUGACGCAAAGGGUGUCGAAUUAAGGAAACCUGCUGCAUCACUCUACACGUUUCCCAUGCCCGAUUGCAUGUGUAAAGAACCUGAUCCUGAACCUGAAUCCGAUCCAGCUUAAACCGGAUUCGUGCUGUUGAACAUCAGCAACGCAAAGUAAGACAGUUUGUUUUUGACUCCAACCAUACAUGUAAUUUAUAUUUAUGUUGUAUCAUGGUUCCUGUAUAAGAAUUUUUCCCCUCCAAUUUCGGGGAAUCUAAUAUAUUAAUAUUUGUGUGUACAUAACAUUCUUUUAACCUCAGUGAUCAUUCUUCCCUUCUGUUA